AAAAAGACCCAAACAACUCCAAAUCCCGAUCAGGUGGUGUCUUGCCAGCUGGAGCCAAAUGACUCCCCCCUCCCACUCCGAGCCUCUUCACGUCAAAGUCGCUUUGCAUACCGACUUCCGCCCCGCUCGGCUUUCCCUUCGCCGGCUCCGCAUCAGCCGGUCGGUGAGCAGCUGAUAUGACAGGAGGAUACAGUAUCACGCAGAGCCAUGAAAGGCUGACUUAAAAAACUUCAUCUGGGAAGCAGGCGGAUGUGCGCGGACGCUGCCGCCGGCCGGAGACGGACUAACCCGCCGGGAAUGUGUCCUUUUUGAUGCAAUUGGAUUUGCUACCUUGCCGUGAAGAGGCGGAAUAUCAUGCCGAAGCUGCCCCCGACGUUUGGACACUGACACGAAUUCCCACAUUUCCACCUUUUUUAUUUUUUCCACCAUGAGUUUCGUGGUAAUUCUGCUUCGCGGACUCGUCAUCUAUGCGGUACUGGGCUUGGAGAGCACUCAGUCAGAUCAUUUACCCAGCAGCCCCUCGUCUGAUGCCUCAAACGUAGCGAUCUCAGACCCGUGUCUCACGGUGAUGCCGCCGUGCAUCAACGAGGACGACCGCUUCAGCCUGGAGGCCCUACGGCACAUCCACAAACAGCUGGACGACGACAAUGACGGGGGGAUAGAGGUCAACGAGAGUGUGGAGUUCAUAAUAGAAGACAUGAAGCAGCAGCAAACGAACAAGCACAGCAACCUGCACCGUGAAGACCAGCACAUAACGGUGGAGGAGCUCUGGAAGGGCUGGAAGACAUCUGAAGUCCAUAACUGGACCACAGACGACGCCAUACAGUGGCUGAGGGAGUCGGUGGAGCUACCGCAGUACGAGAAGAACUUCCGGGACUUUCGGGUCACUGGAAACACGUUGCCUCGAAUGGCGGCAAAUGAACCGUCGUUCAUGUCAAUGCAGCUAAAGAUAUUAGACCAACGGCAUAAGCAGAAGUUAAAUCUAAAAGCGCUGGACGCCGUUCUCUUUGGGCCUCCUCUACGACCGCAGCACAACUGGAUGAAGGACUUUGUCCUGAUGGUUUCCAUAGUGAUCGGGGUCGGGGGCUGCUGGUUCGCCUACAUGCAGAACAAAUCCAGCCGAGUGCACAUUUCCCGGAUGAUGAAGGAUCUGGAGAGCCUGCAGAACGCCGAGCAGAGCCUCAUGGAGCUGCAGGGACGGCUGGAAAAAGCUCAGGAGGAGAAUCGGACGGUUGCCGUGGAGAAAGAGAACCUGGAGCAGAAAAUGAGGGACGAGAUCGACGAAGCCAAAAAGGAGGCUCACCGACUCCGAGACCUCAGAGAAGGCGCCGAGUGUGAGCUGAGUCGGCUCAAGUACGCAGAGGAGGAGCUGGUGCAGGUGCGAAAGGCUCUGAAGCAAGCCGAGAAGGAAAUGCAGUCGGAGCGCUCCGUGCCGGAAGCUCUGCAGAAGUGGCUGCAGCUCACGCACGAGGUGGAGGUUCAGUACUACAACAUCAAAAAGCAGAGCGCCGAGUUCCAGCUGUGCGUGGCUAAAGACGAGGCAGAGAAAAUAAAAAAGAAGCGAGGAUCCGUGUUCGGAACUCUUCAUGUAGCCCACAGUUCAUCGCUGGAUGAGGUGGACCACAAGAUCCUUGAAGCAAAAAAAUCCCUGUCAGAAGUGACGGCGUGCUUGAGGGAGCGGCUCCACCGCUGGCAGCAGAUCGAGAAGCUCUGCGGCUUCCCCAUCGUCAACAACUCGGGCCUGCCCAGCCUGACGGCCAGCCUCUACUCCGACCACAGCUGGGUGGUCAUGCCUCGGGUUUCCGUCCCCCCGUACCCCAUCGCAGGGGGCGUGGAUGACCUGGAUGAAGACACGCCCCCGAUUAUCUCACAGUUCACUUCCUCUAUCCGGGCCCCGCUGGCGCGCAGCAGCAGCCUCUGUCGCUCUCGCCGGAGCCUGCUGAGCUCCCCGCAGACCUCCCUGAUGUCUCCAGACCCAGACCUGCUGUCCAUGGCCGGAUCCUCUUUGUCUUAUCGCUCUGAAGUAGAGGACGACCACAUCGUGUUCAGCCUGGAUAGGAAGGGGGAGCUGGUUAAGGAGAGCAGCUUCGAUACAGACUCUCUGAACUCGUCGAUGGGCGGCCGUAAGCCGCUGCACUCCCCCUGCACCCCUAGCUCAGAAACCCCCUACCGCAAGAUCUCCCUGGAGGAGCUGCUGCUGUUCGGCCAGAGCGCCGACCCCCCUGCUUCCGCCCACACCACCAGCAGCAGCAGCAGCAGCAGUCUCAGGGACUCCACCCCUCCGCCCUUGCCCACCUCGCUGGCCACCACCCCUUCCAGCCCGCCCUCCACCUCGCCCUCCCCGGCUCUGGAGCACCAUCCGUUCGCACGGAGGGGCUCGCCCGACCUCACCAGCGUCCUGCCCGAGUCCCAAAGAGUGCCUCCGCCACAGGGGGGCGCGGCCCAUCAGACAGGAAAGGGCAUGUACAACGGCAUCCUGGAGAAAUCCUACAGCUACAGCCAGCUGCCGGCGAGCAUGCUGCCCAGCGUGGGGCAUUACCCGUCUCUGACCUCGCUGGACUCGGAGGGCCGGAGCGCCGGGAGAGAUUACAAGCUGCAGAGCACCUCCUCCCAGGACUCCAGUGACAAUGGAGAGAAGAGCAAGCGCUCCUCCUCUAAAAUCAAAAGCUUAUUUAAGAAGAAAAAAUAAAAGUUGUAGAGCGGGAUAG